AAACAAGGCCUCCUCUUCGUGUUGCAUCGCACUCACAUUCAUUUUUACACAACAACUACACAAUUAACCAUGAGUUCUGUUUCAAGGAUAAUCUCGACUCUCCGCUGCAAUAUCACAUUUCCUGUAAGGGCAUAUUCUACAUCAGUAGCAACAACAGAAUCUGUCCCAGCAGCAACAACAGGACAUUACAAGGUCACACAAACCCGUUCGACGAUCGGCGUACCAAAGUCUACUAUUAAAGUACUUAAAUCGCUUGGACUUGGUCGUAGGAUUGGUCGUCCAGUUUUUCAACCUCAUGAACCCAGCGCUGCAGGAAAGAUUUUGAAGGUCAAAGAAUUAGUCAAAGUCGAGAACGUACCCGGUCCAAUCCCUGCAGAAGGAUACAAGCGUACCCGCGCCAAUAAUGGCUACAAAGUCAUUGGAAAGAUGCUUUAGAAGAUAACAUGGAUAUGAGUUGUUGGAUAGGAUGAAAUGUGAUCGACUCAUUCAGACUUGAAUAACAAUAAAGGCAACAGCAACCACAGCAAAAACAACAG